AUGGAAUUUCCAUCAUGCACUUGGAGCAAUGGAUGAAAAACAUUGCGUUAUUGAUCCUCCACUACAAUCUGGAUCUAUGUACUACAAUUAUAAAGGAAAUUACAGUGUAGUAUUAUUGGCUUUGGUGGAUGCACAAUUACGUUUUAUUUAUGUUGAUGUGGGAACUAACGGCAGAGUUAGUGACUCUGGUGUAUGGAAUAAAUGUUCUUUCAAAAAUCAUUUAGAUAAGGAUACUCUACACAUUCCUCCUCCUGCUCCAUUGCCAGGUACACAAGACAAUUUUCCUUUUGUGAUUAUUGGAGAUGAAGGUUUUACAUUAUCAGAGAAACUUUUAAUUCCUUAUCUACGACCUCAAUGUAGUGGGAACAUACGCAGAAGUAUAUUUAAUUAUAGAUUAUCUAGAGCUCGACGUUGUUCUGAAAAUGCUUUUGGUGUAAUGGCUGCUCGUUUUCAAAUUUUUCGAUCCGCAAUGAGAUAUGAUCCGGAUGACGCAAGUAAAAUCAUUUUAAGUGUAUGUUGUUUGCAUAACAUGCUAAGAAGUCAGUCUGUUGGACGACUUAUGUAUACACCACCAUCAUUUCUUGAUGGAGAAGAUGAAAUCUCUGGUCAAAUUCGUCAUGGGGAAUGGAGAUCCGAAAGCGCAGGAGGUAUGAUAAAUUUAACUCACCAAGGUGGUAAUCGUCAUCCAAAUCAAGCAAUCGCACUUACAAUUAGAGAUAAGUGGUGUGAUUAUUUUAAUACUGUUGGUGCAGUUUCUUGGCAAGAGCGAAUGGUGCGAAUGCAAUAA